AUGAUGCGAGUUACAGAGAAGGUGCCAGUUAGCAUUACAACUCAAGUGGAAACAUUCAUUCGCAUCAAAUCGUUCUUCUGGGCAACCCUUCUCUCGCUAUGGCUUGUGCUCUUCACAAUUGCUGCUAAAAUAUCGUUUUUGAAAGAAUUUUUGCUCACACAUCCUGGAUUAUGCAGUUUUGGUAUGUUCAAGGAAUCCGGGCCCACGGAUGAGCAGGUGAAGCAGGCAUCGUUUAUCUAUUGGUUCUUUGGCACAGGUUGGGAGGAAAAAUAUGGCUCUUUUGACAAGUAUCAAGCAGCACCAAACAAAAAAGACCGGUUGUUGCAGAUGGUGGCACGAUGCGUGGGACCAGACGCUGGGUACGUUGCCACGUCGGAAUGUGUCCUAGCCGCAGCGUUAUCAUUGCUCAGUGAUGCUGACAAACUGCCAGCAGGUGGAGUGUACACAUCAGCAUCUGCAUUCAAAGACACAGGCAUAUAUGGACGUCUUGAAAACUAUGGUGUUCGAUUCGAAAUUGUUGAGAAUCAUUGA